AUGGCAGACCGUUAUAUAUCCGGUGAAGCAAUAAUAACAACAACAUCGCCUACUCAGGACUGCAGUCGAUGCAUCGAACGAAGAAUUAAUAAGUGUUUAACCUGACUGUCUGAUAUUUAAUGCCGUAUUUGAGAUUUUGCAAAAUCUAGGUUCCAGGUAGCUUAUCAUAAAGAAAAGACAAUACCAUUUCCGUCAGUAUGAUGUCAAUCAACAGUCAUCUAUAUCAUUUGAAAUUUUGGAUAUAACGAAAGCUCUGGCUGGGAAGUGCCAUACAUGUAGUAUUACACUACCACUUCCGGUUUCAGAGUUAUAUGUAUACUACUUUCAGUUUUGGUAGACACCUAUAAGGAAUCGUGGGAAGGCUGUACAUGUGUAACAGGAUGUAAACAACUAAUAUGAAAACGAUGUCAAGUACAUGUAUCCUACUUCCAGUUUCUAUCGACUCAUGAAUCAUGGGAAGGCUCUACACGUGUAACAGAAUGUAUACAGCUAGUAUGAAAAUGAUAUCAACAUUAACUAUUAACUUCAGGUUAUUUCCCCAUUUUCUCUCGAUUGACCGAACUUGAUUCCUGAACAUAUGAUCAAAUCAAAUAUCUUUGAUGAAUAUUGAAUGAAAGACAAGAUCUGUGAUUCAGAAUGUCAACGUUAACUAUUAAAACAGAAAAUUCUAGUAAAAUCCUGCCUGGAGAUGAAUCCGGUUUACCCCUUGAGCUAUGGCAAAUUAUUCUCUCGAGUCUAUCUGCGUGGGACUUGUGUCAAGUCUGCUGUGUUUGCAAGACAUGGAAUUCUUUUAUGAGAUGUGUCGAUUCCACUCGAUGGAAAGAACUCUAUUUAUCCAGUACGGAAUGGAAACAUCCAAAAUGGCCCCUUAAUAUCGAAUCCGAGCCAUCGUCAUGGAAACUUGCGUACAAAGAACAAUAUUUAUCCUCAAAAUUCUGGCAAAAUGGCAUAAAGAACAUGCCAAUUGUCAGUUGUCUUUCAGUGCUGAAGAGAAACAGGGUUAAGAAAUUGAUAAAUGUUGGACCAGGUCAGGAACAUGAAAAUCUUCGAAGUGCUUUAUUGGUUGCUAAUGAUUACGAUCGGAUAUGUGUUCAUCCUGGUAUAUAUGACGAGCAGUUUGAAAUGUCGUCAAAAAUUCCCUUUGAAUUGGUCGGAUGUGGUGAACUUGGUAGCGUUAUUCUAGUCGUGUGUAUUGAACAGAUUGCUCCAACUGGCCGACUCAGUAAUCUAGUUUUAAGAGCUCCAUGGUUUACAUCAUUUAUACUGAAGGUGAGAUCUGGUUUUAUGCAGAUUGAUAAUUGUAUUCUAGAAGACGGUAUGAUCUACGCUCAAAACCCAGGUACCUGUCAUGUUCGUUUUUCAUCUUUUCGUCAUGCGGCCGUCAUUUUACAACACAUGAAUGCCACUGUCAUUGAACAUUGUGAGUUUUCGCAGAGCGACACUGCUGACAUUAUCGUUGAAGGACAUGUGAAAGAUGACAAAAACUGGACAUAUUCGUAUCUGUGCCAGCACACUCGAAAUCUGAUUUUACCUCAUGCCCAAUCAGAUGUGUUAGAGGAGAAAUCAAGCGAUUUAGAGACAAGCACCAAUGAAAAUACUCAAAGAACAAAUUUAACCAAUGAAAAUGAAGAAGAGGAGUCACAUGUUAUUACUGUUGUUGAAGUACCUGACACUGUUAAAAGAAACUCUGUAUCCGUGGUAACAGAGAGAAUGUCGUCUGUUAGUGAAUGGGUUAACAAUGCGCCGUCAAAUCCAGUGGGUUCCACGGCAUCUUUAACAACUGCCAGUGUAGCUGAAGUUUGGAGUAUAAGUGAGACAUCACAUGGGUCUUUGUAUGAUCUGGAUGGUCUAGACUCUAACUCUGUCACAGAUCCAGAGUCUCGUCAAUCGCAUCAUUCAUCAUUUAGUAGUGAUGAUGAUUCUCCGAGUAUGAUCCAAUCAGAUAGCGAAGACGAUUUAUCUGACGGCUCCGUCAUCAUGUUACCUCAUUUACGACAACAUCAUCUGAGACUAGCACAAUCAAAAAAAUCACACAAACAAAGUAACCUUUCUGUUGAUAGUAGUUAUUUUAAACCAAUCAGAUUCGAUUUAACAAAAGACUCUACGGCUAAAGAUAUGUUAAAUCAGGUCAAAGGGUGUUUAAUUCAUGCGUGUCGAAUGUCACAUAGUAAAGGUGGUGUCAUGGUCAGUCUACAAGGUCAAGCUAUAAUAUCGGAGUGUGAUAUAAGUAAUGUUAGUUAUGGUAUACGCUGUAUACAAAAUGCUCAGGUUAUUAUAUUAAAGAAUAAAAUUCAUCAUUGUCGUACAUCAGGUAUAUUCAUGAGGCUAGCAUCAUCUGGACUUGUUGCUGGUAAUGAUAUUCACUCUAAUCUAGAGGCUGGUAUAGAUAUUAGAAAAAACGCUGACCCUAUUAUACAGCAUAAUAGAAUACACAAUGGAAAACGAUCCGGUAUCGUGGUAUUAGGUAGUGGGCGUGGUCAAAUAGAGAAAAAUGAUAUUUAUGAAAAUAAAGAGGCUGGUGUUUACGUUUUAUAUGGUGGAAACCCAACAAUCAGUGGUAAUUAUAUAUAUGAUGGUCAUGGUUUAAUGUAUAUUAUAUAUAUGAUGGUCAUGAUAUAA